GCUCGUUCUUUUCCAUCCGCGUGGCCGCGGGUUUGCGUGUGUUCACAAAGCAGGAUUCCACCUGGGAGAAAAAAAUGAAGUCUAAAGACGUUGUUGAAGUUAUCAAAGGCAUGGACGAAGAGAUUGACACCGCCGCGGACCUUAAGCCGUCAAAGAUCAAAUCCAAGGAUGGCAAGAAACUGAAGAAGAAGAAGAAGAUGCAGGAGGAAGAAGAAGAGCCGGACUGUGAAAGUCCUGUACCAAAAAAGAAAAAGAAAAAAGACAAGCCGGCAGAGGACCAAGUCAUUGGCCAAAUAGAUGAAGCCACCGACGCGAAUGGCCACACUGAUAUUUCUGAGCCACCAACGAAAAAGAAGAAAAAGAGCACAGAAGCAGUCAAGGAGGAGAUGAAAAAGAAGCAAAAGAAAGCAGUCGUUGAAGCUGAAAUCAACGGACAUUCCAUGCCAGAGACACCAGCUCCAACCCCCAACCAGACACCAUCUCAGUCAGACGACUCAACCAGUGAGAGUGAAAAAGAAACUUUAAGACUGGAGGAAACGCCUGAGCAGAAAGAAGGAGCCUUCUCCAACUUCCGAAUCUCUGAAGGCACCAUUCAAAAACUUAAAGCUCGGGGAGUUUCUUACCUUUUUGACAUUCAGGUCCAGACGUUUGAUUCUGUAUAUGAUGGGCAUGAUGUACUUGCCCAAGCCCGCACAGGAACAGGAAAGACUUUUUCCUUUGCCAUCCCACUGGUGGAGAAGCUCCAGAUGGAUGGAUUGGAGCGGGCAAGAGGCCGUCCUCCCAAGGUGUUGGUGUUAGCGCCCACCAGAGAGUUGGCUAUCCAGGUCACUAAGGACUUCAAAGACGUCGCCAGGAAAGUGAACAUUUGCUGUUUCUAUGGAGGCAGCUCGUACAACCCACAGAUUGAAGCUAUCCGUAAUGGGAUUGAUAUCUUGGUUGGAACUCCUGGUCGUAUUAAAGAUAACAUUCAGAAUCAUAAACUUGACCUCACAAAACUGCAGCAUGUGGUUCUGGAUGAAGUGGACCAAAUGCUGGACAUGGGAUUUGCUGAGCAAGUGGAAGAAAUUCUAGCCUCCUCCUAUAAGAAAGAUGGCGAUUCCAACCCCCAGACUCUCCUGUUUUCGGCCACCUGCCCCCCAUGGGUCUACAAUGUGGCCAAGAAAUACAUGAGGCCCGAUUGCAAGCAUGUUGACCUGAUUGGCAAGAAAACACAGAAAACCGCAACAACUGUGGAACAUCUGGCCAUAGCCUGCCAUUGGUCACAGCGUGCGGCAGUGAUAGGAGACGUGAUCCAGGUGUACAGCGGCAGCCAGGGCCGAACCAUCAUCUUCUGUGAGACCAAGAAAGAGGCCAAUGAACUUUCCAUGAAUACAUCUAUCAAACAGAGUACCCAGUCCCUCCAUGGUGACAUUCCUCAGAAACAGAGGGAAAUGACACUGAAAGGCUUCCGGAACGGAUCCUUUGAGGUUUUGGUGGCCACCAACGUGGCGGCCCGCGGUUUAGAUAUCCCUGAAGUUGACCUGGUGGUUCAGUGUUCUCCACCCAAGGAUGUGGAAUCGUACAUUCAUCGCUCAGGGAGAACUGGCAGAGCUGGAAGGACUGGAAUGUGCAUCUGUUUCUACCAGAGGAGAGAGGAGGAUCAGCUACGCUAUGUGGAAAACAAAGCUGGCAUCACGUUCAGACGAGUUGGUGUUCCCACUGCCAAUGACAUCAUCAAGUCAUCGAGCAAGGAUGCUCUAAGGUUGCUAGACUCUGUUCCAGCGGUAGCCAUUGAAUACUUCAGAGAGUCCGCCGAGAAACUGAUAGAGGAGAAAGGAGCAGUGGACGCGCUGGCUGCUGCCUUGGCACACAUUUCUGGAGCUACAAGUUUGGAGCAGCGGUCACUGCUCACCUCUGAUGCUGGUUACACCACCAUACAGUUGGUAUGUUCUAUGGAGAUGCAUAAUCUGGGUUAUGCUUGGAAAAACAUCAAAGAACAGCUCGGAGAGGAUAUUGAAAACCACAUCCAUAGAAUGACCUUCAUCAAAGGGAGAAUGGGUGUUUGCUUUGACGUCCCACUUAACAAAGUCAAGGAGAUUCAGGAGGGCUGGAAAGAUUGUCGCCGUUGGCAGUUGACAGUGGCCACAGAGCUCCCCGAACUGGAGGAGAAGCAGCACAAUAGCGGCGACAGAGGAGGAGAAAGAGGAGGAAGAUUCCGAGGUGGCCGGAGUUUUGGGGGAAGCGGUAGGCGUGGUGGUAAUGGGUUCCGCAGAGGCAGCGGCGGUAAUGGCAGAAACAGAGGCGGACAGAAACGCAGUUUCAGCCAAGCGUUUUGAUCGCUAAACCGCCAAACAUUUGGACUAAUGGGGCUGGCAGUGUUUUUUAUUGGCUGUCAAUUAAGAGCCAUAUUUAGCCGGUAAAACUCCCCUUGAUGAUACAAUGGUGUGAGGUAUUCAUAAAAUGUAUUUAAAGCAUAUGUGCAACAUAACACAUAAGCAGGUUCUUUCUUUUGAAAAUAAAUUGCAAUGCCUGUUUUCUGAGUAACUACCAUCUACUAGCACCUCACAUUGGACCAAUGGCACCCAUUUGUUAUAAGACUUAGCUCCAACUCAACUGACACAAUUGAAAGUUCACUUUACAAAUCAAUAUCUUACUGAAAUCCGAAGUGAACGCUAAGUGUACGGGAACAUCUUAUUACUUAGCAUUUGGGGAAAAGUGGCGUCGAGGGGCUCUCAUGUGGGAGGUAUAUAGUUUGUACCCCCACCCUUGGGGAGGAGUGAUCAUGGUUAUCAACCUUUAUAGUGGUGGAGUCUCUUGUGCUGCCCUACCUCAACUAAAACAUUCUCCCCAAAAUAUAUUGGAUGAUUGCUUUGCAAUUGCCUCUUUUUACUGCCUGUGUUUGACUGCUCCUCUUAAUUUCAGUGAAGUGUUCAUUAAAAAAGGUCAACCACA